AUGGGCGGCGGCGCUCCCUCGCCAGACGCCCUCACCAGGGAGGAGUUCGACGCCCUCCUCGCGCAGUACCCGCCUCUCGUCGAGUCCAUAUCCAAGGCCAAGGGCUCCAAGCCCGGCCAAAAGACCCUCCAGGAGCUCGACCGCUUCCGCUACGUCGACGCGCCCGCCGCCUUUGGCGCCCAUGAUGACCACCGCAACAGCAACGACAACAGCAACAAACCCGCCCGGGCCAUGACCCUCGACGACGUCAAGCUCCUCGUCGAGUGGAAGCUCCGCCACGGCAAGUUUCGCCCGACGCUCAUGUCCCUCGUCUCCUCCAACCCCGCCCCCCUCGUCUCCUCCACCAUCUCCUCCGCCGUCUCCGCCUACCGCUCCUCCCUCCCUCCUCCUUCCUCCUCCUCCUGCUCCCUUCCCUCAUCGUCUUCUUCUUCCUCCCCUCCUCCCGCCCGUACCUCCCCCUCCACGUCCGGCGCACCACCACCCGCACCCGCAGCCGCCACGGCCGGAGCCCUCCUCGCCCUCUGCUCCCUCCGCGGCGUCGGCCCCGCCACCGCCUCCCUCCUCCUCUCCGUGCACGACCCCCGCCGCGCGCCCUUCUUCUCCGACGAGGCCUUCCUGUGGCUCUGCGCGGGGGCCAACCCCCGCGCGCCCAUCAAGUACGUGGAGAAGGAGUACCGCGCUUUGAGGGAGAGGGCCGCCGAGGUGGCUGCGCGGCUGGGCGUGUCGGCGCUGGAUCUGGAGAAGGUGGCGUACGUGGUGAUGAAGGGAUCCGGGGACGGUGGCGCGGGUGCCAAGGAGAAGGCGUCGAAGAAGACGGCUACAAAGGUGGAGGCCAAAGUAGAGAAGCCGCCGGUCAAGCGGAAGAGUACAUCAAAGGAGGUAGAGAAGAAGGACAUUGGCAAGGACAAGGAUGCGCCUACGCAGGCAGAGCCUGGAGUGAGGCGAUCCAAACGUUUAAAGUCAUGA